AUGGACCCACUAGAUGUCGGCUUCAUGCCUGAAGUAGAAGGAGGCUGUUUCUACUUGGUGAUUUUUCGGGCAUCCUGUUGCUCUGAAUAUUUUGUCAAAGGUUCCGAUCCAUUCUUCGAGAAUUGUGGGGUUUUCAUCCCCCGAGAAGACUCUCACUCUCUCAGAGUCUCAGUUCUCUCAAGAAUCAUCUCCGAUUCUGUAAAUCUGCUUCUCAGAAUCGAAGCGUUGCAAUCUCUAAUCUCUAAUCUCUUACUCUCUGUCUCUGAGAGUCUAAGUGGUGGAAGCCGUGGUGAACUGAUGAAAAGUGCCACUCAAAUGACUCAAUCUGGACUUCCACCCUCAACUGAGGAGGGGCCUGGAGGAGUAACCCAAGGCACUGAGACAAAUGCUCAUCAGCAGCCUGAGGUUAAUCCUGCUGUUCCUGCAAAGAAGAGGAAUAAUGUGGAGUCUAGAUCUAAGGUCUGGGAACAUUUUGAAAAGAUCUGUGAUUCUGAAAACAAAGUAAUAAAGGGGAAAUGUAUAUACUGUGCUAAAGUCUAUCAAUCUGAGAGUAAACAGCAUGGCACUACCUCUUUAAGAAAUCAUAUGUAUGCCUGUCUAAAAAAUCCACACUCUAAGGAGACUAGGCACACACUGCUUACUUUCACUGCUGUGACAACAUUUGAUACUCAAGGGGGUUCUGAAGGGGUUGUUGGGGAGUUAGGGACUUGGGUUUUCAAUCAGGAAGCCAUUAGGAGGGCAUUAUGUGAGAUGAUAAUUAUUGAUGAGCUUCCAUUUAGGUUUGUGGAGGGGCAAGGGUUUAAAAGGUUUAUUUUGGUUGCUUGCCCUAGAUUUUGUAUACCUUCUAGGUGGACAAUUUCAAGGGACAUUUACCAAAUUUACCUUGAUGAAAGAUUAAACCUUAAGAAGCUGUUUAGACUUAACACUCAAAGGGUCAGUUUGACUACUGAUACCUGGACCUCUGUGCAGAGGAUCAAUUAUAUGUGCAUUACAGCCCAUUUCAUAGAUGAUCAGUGGAAGCUGAAUAAGAAAAUCAUAUCCUUUGUCCCUAUUUCUUCUCACAAGGGUGAGCAUAUAGCUAAGGCAUUAGAGAGUUGUUUGAUUGACUGGGGGAUUAGGGAUGAUGGGUUAAGGUUUGCAGAUAGUUCUGUUAAGAAGGUGAGGGAUUCUGUUAGAUGGAUGACAAGACUAAAAAAAUUCAGAGAUCUUGCAGAACUGUUUGGGGUGGAAGCCAAAAGUUCUUUACAACAAGAUGUUCUAACAAGAUGGAACAGCACCUACAUGAUGCUUAGCACUACCAUACAAUACAAGGCUGUGUUUGAUGCAUAUUCAUUGAAUGAGCCCUCAUUUGCUGCUGAUAUGGGUGAUUCUGUCCCUUCUUUUCUUGACUGGACAUCUGUUGAAUGUUUGGUAGUUCUGUUGAAAGGGUUUUACGAGAUGACAAUUAGAAUCUUUGGUUCUCUAUAUGUCACCUCUAACAGUUUCUUCAGUGAGAUAUCUGAUUUGAGUUGCAUGUUGAGUAGCAUGAUUGUUGUUGGUAGUGCUACAGAGGUUAUGGGAUCCCAAAUGAAAACUAAAUUUGAAAAUUAUUGGGGAGAUCCUGAAAAAAUGAAUUCAUUGAUCUUCUUUGCCAAUAUCUUGGACCCAAGAGAUAAGUUGGAAUAUAUGCCAUACCAGUUUGAGGAACUGUAUGGUAAAGAUAAUGGGAAGAAGUGUUUAGAGAAUGUCCAAGCUGCCAUGGUAGAAUUGUUUGGUGACUAUGCAGCAACCUACUCUGUCAAUGUGCAACAAUCAUCUUCUGAUUCAUCUUUUGGUAGCCAACCAGAUGUGCCUCCUGUCCAGUCUCAUACCAUAAUUGGUAGACCUCAAAAUAUGUUAAAGAACAAAUUAAAAAGGCAAAAAAUGGAGGCUAGUGGAAGCUAUAGAGAAACAAAACUUCAAGUCUAUUUAAGUGAAAAAAUUGUGGAGGACACUCCUGACUUUGAUAUCCUUAGGUGGUGGAAGCUAAAUAGUGUGAGGUUUCCUACUCUCUCCAAAAUGGCAAGGGAUAUCCUAGCAGUUCCUAUUUCCACCGUUGCCUCAGAAAGUACAUUUAGUACUAGUGGGAGGGUAUUAGAUGCAUUUAGGAGUUCUUUAACUCCUAAAAUUGUGGAGGCCUUAGUAUGUGCACAAGACUGGAUGAAGUUACCAAAUCAACCAGUUAAGGUUGAGGAAAAUAUUGAUGAUGUUGAAAAGCUUGAACAAGACUUGGCUACUGGAUCUUUACUCUUUACUGAUUUGGCUAUGAUGAUGCUUCCACCAUUGUCUGAAAUGGUUUUGGGUUGGAAGAUCAUGAAAGCUGAACUGCUGAAGGCUGAAUAG